AUGGCCAAAAAGCAGCCCCCAAGCUGCAAGCCACCUGCCGGAACUGACAGAGGAACUCCCUCGGAGCCCAUGCGGCCUAUCGAACUACAAGUCCCAGCAUGCUGUGCAAGGCGCUCGAAGCGCCUGUCCACCAUCAUAGACACCGCGGCCAGCGGCCCCUGCAUCCUCACGCCGCACCGGGACAACCUGCACCAGAUCGAUGCUGUGGACGGGCCCGCUGCCUUCCUGGACAUUCUGGCCCCGCCCUACGACCCCGACGACGGCCGGGACUGCCACUAUUACCGGGUGCUGGAACCCGUCCGGGCCAAGGAGGCCUCCGGAUCGACCUGCGACCUGCCCCGAGAGGUGUGGCUCCUGGAGACCCCGCAGGCCGAUGACUUCUGGUGCGAGGGGGAGCCCUAUCCAGGUCCCAAGGUCGUCCCUUGAAGCCGCAGGCGCCCAGGAGCGGGGGGCUGAAGACCUGCCCUACUCAGAUCGGGGCCUGGCUGCCAGCACCCCACCGCAAGGGCUCUCUCCCUACCCCCAGGCCACCUGGGCAUUGGAUCUACUGGAGUGGGCUGGUGUGCUUCCUCGGGAGCCUUGGGAAGCGCGGGCAGCGACUGGACCGCAGCCACCGGGCACGGUUAUGGGGGCGGGGGAGGCUAGGUCGUUUCCUGGCUUUGUCACUGCCACCAGGGUUUUGAUUUGGGGGGAGGGGAGCAGGGGGCUAUCUGAAGCGCUUCCAUCCUAAAGCCAUAAUGAAAAUAUUCUUCCUUUGUUCCCAUUCUAUACAAGAUACACUGAAAGGUUUUCUCCCCCCAUCGCCUUCGCCUUGGGUAAAUAGGGCUUGUUUUCCACUUAGGUCCUUGGCUCCUUGUUAUAGUUUUAACUUAUUGACUGCAUGACCCAGUGGUUUGAAUUGUUUUUAGUUCAAGUCACUGGUCAAAAACUAGGUUUAGAGAGAUGAGCUACUUUUUAAGUGAGCUGCCCUGCCUGAUUAAUUCGUUGGGGAAAUUAAAUCAGUUUUCCAGAGUUGGGGGAUCAUCCCCAGGACAUAACUAUGCGUGUAGAGGACGAGAACUUCUUUCCUCCCCUUGCCCAGUAGCCACAUCUGGUUUACUCGGGCAGCAUCCACUAAGAAAUUCACACCUGCGUUUCUCAGUGACAAAUUGUCACAUAGAGCUUAUCUUCCCUGUGAGUCCCCAGA